UUAUUUUUUAACUUGUCCUUUAAGGCUGGAGCUCAGGGAGUGUGCAGGACCCACUAUGUCAUCAGUGAGGACCCAAAGGCCAACCACAUUACCGUUACCAAGUCUAAGGAUCUGAGCCACUGCCAGGAGAGAAUCAUGAAGGACGUUGGCUUGGCAUACACUGAGAGGUGUGCUGAAUGCACAGAGAGAAUCAAGAGUCUGAUUGAAACUGCAACUUACAAUUACAUCAUGAAACCGGCGUCCGCUGGUGUACUAAUCGCUGAAGCAACAGUUCAGGAAGUGCAUCAGUUUUCACCCUUCAAUGAGAUCCAUGGUGCUGCCCAGAUGGAAGCAAAGUAUGACUGAUCCUCUGUGAGAAAUAUGAACUAACAAUA